AUGAAACCAAGUCGGGCACAAUACAGGCGAAAAUGGGUUGCUGCAGCUAGAACAUUACAAAAUACAAACCAUCAUGAUCCUAACAUGGACAAUCAUCCCACUGUUGACCAACAUCCCAAUGUUGACUUUGAUCAGCUGAUUGAACUUCCUUUAAACCCUGAAUUUCCUGACAAUAGUGACCCAGACAAUAGUGACCCAGAAAUAGAUGAAGAACAAUGUGAACCAAGUAGAAAACGUCUUUGUGGUGCUGCAAAUGGUUCCUUGCAUGAUGAGGGUGAUAUAAGUGUGGCAGGAAAUGAAUGUAGCUCUGAUAGCGAAGAUGAUUUAAAUGAUGAAUCUCUUCAUGCCGAGCUAGCUAGUUGGGCCAAUGAGUUUAAACACAAUGCAAUGGAUAGCUUGCUUGCGCUUCUUAAAAACAGUGGUCACCCAAAUCUACCCAAUUCAGCUCGUACACUGUUGGGUACAACAAGAUCUAUUUCUGUUCAAGUGAAGUCUGGAAUAGAUUAUGUUUAUCUGCCUCUAGCUGCUGAAUUGUUGAAACAUUUUAAGAGACAUCCUCCCAAUAUAGUUAACCAUAUUGAUUCACUUGAGAUUUCUUUGAAUGUUGAUGGGUUGCCCUUAUUUAAGAGUUGUAACAAAACUUUAUGGCCUGUUCUCUGUGCAAUUGUGAAUGUAAAACCAGUGGUAGUUUUUCCUGUUGUUCUAGCCUAUGGGAAAUCCAAACCAAAAGAUUUGGAAUUUUUGGAAGAUGUUAUCAGGGAUUUGGGUGAUAUCCUUGAGAAUGGUCUGCAAGAUGGUAAUAGAGUUCUUCCUGUAAGUUUGAGGUGUGUUGUGUGUGAUGCCCCUGCAAGAGCACUUGUCAAAGGUACCAAAUUAUGCUCCGGGUACUUUGGUUGCGACAAGUGUGCGCAAAAAGGCAUGUGGGUUGGUAGAGUAGUUUACCCUUUAAUUAGGGACAUUGACUUGCGAUCUGAUUAUUCCUUUCGCGAGCAGGUUAAUGAGGCACAUCAUUUAAGUGUGAGUCCUUUUUGUACUUUACCAAUCGAUAUGAUUAAAAAGUUUCCUAUCGACUAUAUGCACCAGCUGUGUUUGGGAGUGACAAGAAAGUUGAUUUUGAUUUGGAUUAGAGGUAGCCGGGAAGUCAAAUUGUCAGCUGGUCAGGUCGAGGAGAUCAGUAAUAGAUUAACUGGUCUGAAACCAUUUGUCCCAAGUUUCUUUGCACGUAAACCAAGAGGCAUGGCAGAAAUCGAUAGGUGGAAGGCAACUGAGUAUAGGCAAUUUCUUGUGUAUACUGGUCAGAUAGUUCUCAGUGGUAUACUAAGGCCUGAUCUAUAUGAUCACUUCUUAUGCCUUAGCGUUGCUAGUUCCAUACUGAUAUGCCCUAGGUUAGCUUUGCUUCAUAGGCCGUAUGCUAAGCAACUGAUGGAAUACUUUGUGGAGCAGGGGAAGGUUUUAUAUGGCAAUGAGUUUCAAGUGUAUAAUGUGCAUAGCAUGAUACAUUUGGCUGAUGAGGUCCAGGAGUAUGGAAGCUUGGAUGCAUGCAGUGCAUUUCCAUUCGAAAAUUAUAUGCAGAAAUUAAAAAGAUUGGUUCGGUCUGGAAAGAACCCUAUUGCGCAGAUAGCCAAACGACUAAGUGAGAGCUAUGGUGCCAUCCCGCAGUCCCGAGAAGCAGUGAUCAGUCUGAAGAAACCGGACAAUUGUUUUAUACUGAGUGAUUCAUCUUGUUGUGAGGUGCUUGAUAAAUCUAAUCAUCCCGAUGAUGGCGAAGAUAAAUAUUUGUGUCGUGUAUAUGAGAGGACUGAAGCUCUAUUUGAUCGACCAUGUGAUUCUCGCCUCAUUCGUGUGCACAAAGGGAAUCCACGGUGGACAACUAUGAAAGUUGUGUCAGCACAAUCCCUCAACAAAAAUGCAAUGAAGGUUGAUCUUGGGCCAAACAAGAUUGUUUUUAUGACUAUCCUACACAGUAACUAA